GCACAUCAAGGCUGUACCGAAGUAAUGCCCCAAGUGUUUCUCCCCUGCUGAGUCUCGCGGCCAUCCGGACACACACGUAGGUCGUAAAGCGAGUGCGUCGGGUGCCUUGUUUUGAAUCCCAGACAGCUGCGUUGUGCAUACAAGCAGCAGCAGUAGCACACGGCCUAUUGGCCGACUAUCGAGCACCGUCUGACCCUACAAGCGGCAUACAUCUGAAGCGGCACUGCUCAGAAGCUAACUUCAUCGUCGCCCGCUGUGUUCGUUAGUGUGCUGGACCUGGAUAUCACGUCUGCUCUGGGCAUCAAAAAGAGGAAGGCAAGGAGGAGGACGAGAACGCCACGUGGUAACUGGUAAAUACUGUUGUGUUGGUGUACACCACCAGGGAGAGCAGCACAGCAAUAAUAGCAUCAGAAGGGAUACCACGACAGAAGCCUUCCCACGAGCUGUCCUCACCGGUUGUUGGUACCACUGUAGCAGCUCUGUGCUGGAGUACAGAAGGGACCCGGAGAGCGCUCGGCAUAACAAAGACCUCCACGAUGCGUGAAGCGCUUCUUGCGGCGUUGGGGGGCAUCUCCGAAGAUCAGUUUUUCAGAGCUUGCGGGACGGCGGGCGGACUGCUUCUCGCCGGAGCACAGUUGCCACAGAUUUACCAUGUCACGAAGCGAGGGAAGUCUCGGGAUAUCAGCUACAUAUACCAGUUCAUUUUCGCGGGCGGGAUGGUCUGCUUCCUCAUCUACUACGGCUACAACGACCUCUGGGCGGUGUUCAUCCCGUCCUGCUUGUCCCUCAUCUGCAUGUGCUACCUCAUCGGCCUCAAGGCCUACCUGGAGAUGAUGAAGCCCAAGCGCACUGUCGCGACGCAGAUGAUCAACGACCUUCUGCGAGACGACGACGGCCUCGACGGCCUCGACGGCUUGGAUCGCCCGCUGCUCGGCGGGGCAUCCGAGGAGAAGAAUGGGGAAGACGAGUUCAUCGCCUACACGGCCCCGGGCAAAUAAGCUUUUUAGAGGGGCGUUGGUUCUUCGGCGGGGGAGGGUGCUCGCCGUUGCCUUUUUUUCCCCUUUGGCCACCCACCUCUCUUGCAAAAGGCAACACCGUGCGCCGUUCCUUUGGGGGGAGGCAUGUGUACUAUAGGCGUUGUUGAUAUGUACCAAGACGAGGAGGUGUGGGCGCGGCGGCCCGUUGUUGGCGGGCAACGGCACUUUGCCCGGAAACGGCGGCCCCGAGAUGACAGGGCCACCGCUAUUAUAUAUAGAUGGCGACAUUCACGGCAGCCAUGGAACGCCCGCCUGCUAGGUCUAGCGGGAGAAAAGUAGCCACCGGGGACACACGGUGAAAGGAAGGUUGAGGAGAAGACGAGCAGGGCCAACAGCGGGGCCUGGUGCCCCGGGGGACGGACUGGGUAAUCACCAGUCCUACGUCGAUCCAUCACGUGCUGUCCCCCGGGAAAUAUGGCGAGAGGAACAACGCGUGGCAGCCUUUUGAAUACCCAUGCCUCCACGAGAUGGGUUGCCAAGCGAUCGGGGAGGAGAGGGGGAAGGCGGCGGGCGACAAUGCACCCGCGGGGUUGUUUUAGCGCCUCACACGCGGCUCACGGCUGCAGUCACCGCGCAGUUAAGACGCUUGUUUUUUGUCGCUGCCCCGCGUAGUUUGCCUGCAGCGUGAACCCGACCUUCCUGCCACAAGGCUUUGCGUUGCGAAACGCACAGGAUGCAGACGCGGCUUCCACAACACGGUGUGCUAUUAUAAACUAUGUGGUAGCGAUGAUGACGGCGAUAUCGCAAUUUCUCGAUAGUCCAGGAGCAAACGUGUUGCUGUGGGCCCCCAGCAAUGCCGACCGAGCAUUGCACGUUGAAUCAGUUGACUGACAAUGUUGGCCGUCACAUUCUGAAACGACGCCCCCCCCCCCGCUGUAUGUGAAGCGUUGCAGGCAAGUAUGUGUGUUUGGGUUGGGGUUUUACGUGCUGUGGGUCCGGCCCUCUCCUUUGGCCGGCAAGUCCAAGGAGGAGUGGAGGUUGGGGGUGGACAGAAAGCCGGCAAUAAAUCAAGUUUUCUCCAUGAUCUUUUCUUCUCUUUUAGACGGGUGUUGACGUUUUUUUAGUUGGGGUACUUUUGGGCCUUUGCAUGUGUCGACGUCCCGAAGAGGGAAAAUCACGCGCUUGGGCUGUAGCGCCUUGACGCUUCGGACAGAGCUUUCGUUUUUGAUUAAUGAAAGCUUGAACUUCACGCUCAGGCGGUCGCACCUCUAUCCCUGGCAUACCUCGUGUGUUCUAGGACACCAUGGUGUGUGGCGUGGGAGGAUGCACGGUGCAGGGGGCGGGCUGCCUUGUCCACAUAGCGACCACGAGAUAUUUUCUGCAAUGGAGGCGUGCAGAUUCGAUUGGUGGUGACUCUACGAUGACUGAGUUAUGUAGGCUUACCGAAUUUUCGCUGAGAACGCCCCGGGGGGGCGCAUAGUUUUUGUCGGUGAAAAACAAACGAUUGGGUGGCUUCUCAAGAAUAGGCCGGGACACGGGGUGUCGCUUAUUUUGGUCUUGCCGUGGAAGCUGCUUUCGUCUCGUCUCCUGUUGCCUUUAGUGGACGACCAUGUAUGUUGUUUCUGUGCUUUCCCAUUUUUCUUUCCGUUGUGGCGUGUUCGAAAGUCCAUGCAGCCUCUCUGGUGAGUACGGAAGUCAAGGGGCAAGAACAGUCGUGAGUCUUGCUGUGUAGCAUGCGCCACCUCUGCCGGUGCGCACCGACAGACUUACGGCAGAGGCGCAACUCGUGCGUGGUGGCAGCAGUGGCGUUUUUUUAUUGCUGUGUCCGAUUGUUGAAUGGACUGAAAAAGUGAAUCGAAAGUGUCUGUAUUUAACAACUCGGCAGCAACAACUACAAACAAAAGAACAGCAGCAGCGAUGCUGACGGGAUGAGUGCCUCGGAUUCCCUAAGAACGCCGCCCCGGGGGGGGGGGCGUCGGAAGUAGGUCAAAAAGGAACACACCGCCGAGAGCGCUCUCGAAGGAAUGGGGCAAGAAAAAGAAACAACCCAAGGAUAACCCGGGGCCUUCUCAAAGCUUCCGUGCUUAUCGCCGGUGGUGGUGUUCUCAACGGAUACUUGUGACGGUAUGCCUGCUUGCGGACUUUGGUGCCGUUGGAAUCGUGUCACCUUUUUUUUGUCACACUUGAAUCCAACGCCAGCCUCCUCACCGCGCCCGAGACGACGGUUGAGGACGAAGCUAUUGUAGAUGAAAUGCGACAAAUGAUACCUCUCCCGAAGUAUGCUAGAACGCCCAUCAAUUACAUAAUGCCUAGCCAAAAUAUUGCUGCAUCCAAGCACUAGUUUACAUCCUGCACGCUAAACCAACGUGUGAGUGACAUAGUGGUUCGAGAAACUUACAAUAACUUUCCAAUUUCUGGACCUUCCAAGCGACGUUCUCACAGCAUACCCAAAUCAUGCGUUCCAUGUGUACAAAACUGCUACAGGAGUUGAGCGCCCACCACCAACUGAGACGUUCGAGUGUCCUAUUUUUUUUGGCUAAUGUCGAAAUACCCUCCCCCCCCCCACGGUGUUUGCCAUCGGGGUU